CGUGACUCCACAAGUCGCGGCUCUGACUACCGGAGUUACAUCAUACAGCCAUGAUGUGAACACGUUCUUUUGAAUGAGUACCCUAUGCCAGUUUUAAUCAGGUUGGCCCAUCAUUUGGCUGGCGCUAUGCGUCCAGAGGUUCAGGUGUGUCCAGGUGUUAAAACGGCAGUGUUUAAGGAAAUUAAGGACAAAGUGUUGAGACUGUCGCGAGUGCGUGACGCCGCUCAAGAAUGGAUGGAAGUGCUGCACACUGCUGUUCACUUUUUAAAGCAAGGAGAUGUGGUUGGGCUACCAACAGAUACGAUUUAUGGGAUUGCUUGCCUCGCCCAAAACACAGAAGCCAUCAAAAAGAUUUAUGAAAUUAAAGGAAGAAGUGAAAGCAAACCUUUAGCGAUCUGUGUGGGUUCCAUCCAGCACAUAUACAAGUACUGUAAAGUGACUGUUUCUGACCAGUUAUUAAAAGACCUUCUGCCUGGACCUGUAACUUUAGUCUUUGAAAGAUCUGCAACAUUGAAUCCAGACCUAAAUCCCUUCACUCCUCUUGUGGGAGUACGCAUUCCAGAUCAUGCUUUUAUGCAGAUGUUGGCACAAAAAUGUGAAGAACCAUUGGCUCUAACCAGUGCAAACCUCAGUUCUCAGUCUAGUACCCUCACAGUAGAUGAAUUUUAUAACCUCUGGCCUCAGUUAGCCGUUGUUAUUGACGGUGGACCAAUUGGUGAUAGAAUGAGCCCCUUGUGUCGUUUAGGUUCAACAGUGAUAAAUUUAGUUACACCUGGGAAAUACAGCAUCAUAAGACCUGGAUGUGCUUUUACACCUACAGUUGAAAUCCUUGAGAAACACAGUCUCUCAUUAUCAACUUCAGAUCCAUGAAUGUUUUUGCAUAUAGAAAAUACACUUCCAGAGACAAGUACAUCUUUACUGGUUACUUGCAGGGGUACUACCUCUUUAGGCAGAAAUAUGCUUAAGUGAAGUGUAAUAAAUUAUAUGAAAGUGAUAUGUUGGAUCUGCAAAGGUGGAAGAAUCCUGAUAUGCUUGAAUUUUUACAUAAAAUUCCUGCUAAUCGUCAUUGUUUGCAGUUUUAUAAUAGUUGUUUUAGUUUACUUUUCUUAUAUAGAUAAAAAUGGUUAAAUUCAAUCAAUGUAUUAUUUAUGUAAAAAGAAAAAUCUUUAAGUAGAGUGUUAGAAAAGAAGGCAGGGAAUCAUGCGUGUACGAACAUACUAUAAGCAUAUACAGCAUAUGUGCAUAUUGUUUACUAAAAUGUUUGUGUGUGUAUAUGUGUGUGUGUGUAUAAAAUAAAAUAACUUACAUUCUUGUAUGAAUUCUUUGUUUUAUAUAAAUUAUACAGCACUUGGAGACCUUUGCUCAUUGAAUUGGUAAGAAUGUAAUAAUAGAUACAUUAAUUGAAGUAGGCACGCUACUCACUUGUUACUCAGUGUUUUAAGUAACAGUUAAGGAAUGAAGUAAAGUUUUGAAGGAAUUCAAGUUAAACAAAUACAUAAUUUCCGUGUCUGCAGCAUGAAUAAAAUGGACUAUAGUAGCUGAUUCUUUAUUUAGAGAGAUUAGAAGAAAACACUGAGUUUUUCAGCUAUCAGAUUUGACUGCACAUCUCUUUUAGGUUAAUAUAAUGGACUCUGCUCUUUUGGACCUCUUUCAGUGCUGGGUAUACAGUUGAAUUUUACCAGAUUGCUUUUUAAUUUAUACUUAAAAACUGUAAAUGUAAUUUCAUAAUGAAGCAUAUGCAUGAUUUUGAUGUUUAAUUUCAAAUGUAAAGGUAUUUUUAUUUGGGUUUAUUAAAACCUUUUCAAGCUGUUUUUCAGAA